AUGGCCUUGCUCGACGGCGACUUGGGGGAAGGCGCUGCCCAGCUUCGAGCUUCUUUGGAGGCUUUGCUCCAAGAGCUUGGUGCCAAGCGUGAAGAAGCGCGUGCCAGGCAACACAAAGAGGAAGCUUCAGCGGAGGAGGCCGCCAGGCUUGCAGACCAGGAGCCGGACAGGAUCUCAGCAGAUCCUGGCUUUUCCUUCACUGCUGACCUGGUGGUGAAAGAUGAUGAUACUGGCUUUGAACUUUGGAUUGGUUCGUUGGAGGAUGCCCUCAACCUGUGUGCGCUACGAGAUCGGGGCAUUGAUGCUGUCCUGAACUGCGCUAGAGAUGACUGUGAAGCUGAGAUUGCGUGCUUCAAACCCCAGAGGUAG